AGAACUAAACUCUUGCGUCAGCCAAUCACUCUAGACGGGUUGUAGGAAAUAUAUUCACCGGGUUAUUUCCCCAAAGAGUAGACAGUCUGUACUCGAAGAACGAACUACUUCAACAACCCAAGAAAACUUUGGGGCAUGGUGAAUCUGAAGUUUUGAGCUCAUGACAGAAGUUAUACUAGGGGACUAAACACGAUGAACUGAGGACAAGUUGGAAACAAAUAAUUACGCUGAAAAUAAAGAAGAACAAAGAAGAUACUAUUGUUUAUGACAUAUUAUAUCUUUAUCCUCUUAAAAAUGAGACACCUCGUCUGAGUAAAAAAAAAAUACCCGCGGAAGUUACCCAAACUAUAGUCUUGACAUUUCAAGAUUGCCAGCAAUAAUAUCGACAAGCCAUACUGCGACAAUGGAUUCAGGCAGCAAGCAAGUGACCUUCCAGUUGAUGCUGACGGUGGGAACAGCAGUGAUUGGCUCGCUGCAGUUUGGUUACAACACGGGUGUCAUCAACGCCCCUCAGAAGGUUAUUGAGAGGUUCCUCAACGAAACAUGGUUCGACCGGUACCAGGAGCCCAUCGCCAAGACCUCCCUCACCACCCUGUGGUCCAUCUCCGUCGCCAUCUUCUCUGUCGGCGGCAUCUUCGGCUCCUUCUCCGUGGGCCUGUUCGUCAACCGCUUUGGCAGGAGGAACUCCAUGCUCAUGGCCAACGUGCUGGCCUUUGUCUCCGCUGCUCUCAUGGGCUUCUCUAAGAUGGGUGGCUCGUGGGAGAUGCUGAUCAUCGGGCGCUUCGUGGUGGGCCUCUACUCUGGCCUCUCCACUGGCUUUGUGCCGAUGUACGUGGGUGAGGUGGCCCCCACUGCCCUCCGAGGAGCCCUGGGCACCCUCCACCAGCUAGGCAUCGUCACAGGCAUCCUGAUGGCUCAGGUGUUUGGCAUGGAGGCCUUAAUGGGGAACGCAUCUCUGUGGCCCUUCCUGCUGGGCUUCACUUUCAUCCCAGCCCUAAUGCAGUGUGCACUGCUGCCCUUCUGCCCCGAGAGCCCCCGCUUCCUCCUCAUCAACCGUAACGAGGAGAACAAGGCCAAGACUGUCCUGAAGAAACUGCGUGGGACCACAGACGUGGGUGCAGACAUGCAGGAGAUGAAGGAGGAGGCCAGGCAGAUGAUGAGGGAAAAGAAGGUGACCAUCCUUGAGCUGUUCCGUUCGCCACUCUACCGCCAACCCAUCUUCAUCGCUAUCAUGCUUCAGCUCUCCCAGCAGCUGUCUGGCAUCAACGCUGUUUUCUACUACUCUACCCGUAUCUUUGAGAAGGCCGGAGUUGCUCAGCCUGUUUAUGCUACAAUUGGUGCCGGUGUGGUCAACACAGCCUUCACUGUGGUGUCGUUGUUUGUGGUGGAGCGCGCCGGACGCAGGUCUCUCCACUUGCUGGGGCUGAUGGGAAUGGCAGGCGCUGCCGUUCUGAUGACCAUCGCUCUGGCUCUGCUGGAACAGCUGCCGUGGAUGUCCUACGUGAGCAUCGUGGCCAUCUUUGCCUUUGUGGCAUUCUUUGAGAUUGGCCCGGGUCCCAUCCCCUGGUUCAUCGUGGCUGAGCUGUUCUCCCAAGGACCCCGUCCCUCGGCCUUCGCUGUGGCUGGCUUCUCUAACUGGACCGCCAACUUCAUAGUGGGCAUGGCCUUCCAGUAUGUAGAGGAGUUGUGUGGCCCUUAUGUCUUUGUCAUCUUCACCAUACUGCUGAUCAGCUUCUUCAUCUUCACCUACUUCAAGGUGCCUGAGACCAAGGGCCGUACAUUUGACGAGAUCUCGGCCGGGUUCCGCCAGUUGGCUGUCACUGGGGGAGAGAAGCACUCGCCGGAGGAGCUCAACAGCCUGGGGGCUGACUCUCAGCUCUGAGCACCUGUCCCUCCCCUCUCCUCUCGUCCCACACCCCCUGCUGAGGCCUGGCUAUGAACCCUCCUUCACCACCCCAACCCGAGGGGACCAGAGUAGCCCACUCACUGACUGUGUGCAAACUGACUACUAAACUGACACACUGGCUGCCAUCACAUUUCAGGUAUGUUCACCAAACAGAACAGAUGCCCCUCACCUCCUGCCCGAUCCUCUGUCUCAAAGUCUCAAGCGCUCCUUCUCUUCUCAUCACAACAAAAAGUUGGGGGCAGGAACCUGGGUGUAAGGGGGUGGGUUGGCAUGGUAGAUAGAAGGAAAAGGUGGUCUUUUCGAUUGACUUCAAAUUUUAUAUCAGAAAACAGUAAAAUCCUGUGUUACUUUUACUUUAUUUUUCUUCCUUUGUCUGUUAUCUUUCUCAUUUUGUCGGUUUCUGCCUUUUAUGCAGGUCUCAAUUAUUUUCAUUGAAGGCCCUCAAGGCAUUGCAUGCCAUGUAAAUAUGUUUUUACCAACUCACUUUUAAUCUCUCACCGGAUAGGCUUUUAAUUAUUUUUUACAAAUGUAUUUCUUAAGGAAAAAUAAAUAAAAUCAUAAAGAUAAUUUUGUAUGUUUAUGUCUUAGUUUAAAGACACAGUUACAAAUAAGCCAGCUGUUAUAAGUUACUGUAUGCAUACAUUUUAUAUUUAAUUCCCAAGCAAUACCCAUGAGCAUGAAUUUUACACUAUGAAAUCAUGGGACUAUUUCAGACAUUUCUACUCUGACACUAGUGUUGUUAGUUGGAACCUUGAAUAUGACAGUAGAUUUGAUCAUUGGAAUCACUCAUCUUCUUUUUUGUAUAGCAAACUAUACUCAGCCCAUUUCACUGCAGACUAAUAUAGAUGUAAAAUAUACCCACCUCUAAAACGUAACUAAAGUCCCUCACAACUUUGAGUUUAAACGCCUGGUCCAAAAUCAUACAAAGAAUACACUCCCAGUAGAGCCUUCUAGCAGUUCACAAGACUGUAAGUUGUUCUUUGAUCUUGUGCCUUUGACAGAAAAGGAGGCUUCUUUUCAAACAGUAACCAAAUGUAAUGUGGCUUCCAGCCUUACUGAGGUCUGCUUCAUCCUGAAAGUGCUUUUAGACCCUUCGGGGUCAAACUCCCAACUAAUGCUCCAUGUUCCUUGAAAAGUGGUGACUUUCUUUUUGGGUGCUUUUCAUUAUUGUAACUCCACAAUGCCUUUGGCAUAGUUCAGCACUGUAGGGGCUGCUUCCUUGUUCAACUUAGUUUUGUGACGCAUAGCUGACAAUCCCGUAUAGUCAGCUGAUAUAGCCAACAGCAUCUCUUGAUGUAAGCGGUUCCUGUCUUUGACUGCUGUGCCACUAUAAGAAGUUUUCCAUUCUCUAAUAAAACGUUUUUGAGAAAAGUUUUCUUUUUAGCAGCACUUUACCAUCCACAAUAUUGGUUGUUUUGUUACUGAAAAUCUUCCAUAAUAGUAGUUGGAGCUUGUCUCAAAAUGUUUUACAAAAUAUGGAACCUUGUGUUACUGAUAAAAGACUGAAGAGCUACUGUUGGAUUACUUGAUAUCAUUGUUUUUGUUUAACUAGUACAUCUCUACAUUCACAGAUCUAUGUUAUUUGAGGUCAUAAGGUUGGCAGAAUAUGUUUUACAAUCAAAUAUAAGCUAAUCUGGCCAUUUCAAAGUGAAUACGUUUUUAAAGUGGUCUAAAUAGUUUUAGUAAUGGACCUUGACCCGAACAGAACUUCACAAGCAAUAUCCAUUGUAGUCAAUCCAUGCUGAGUUUGUGUGUUCAAAUCCAUGCAAAUAUAUAGUUUGUGUCUUUGAAAUUAUAUGGGACUUUUUGUCUUCUCCACCAACAAUGUGUCGGUUAGACACCGCAAACUCAUUGACUGUAAGUCGCCCUAAGUCAUCAAAUGGCAGGAUCAAUGUAGGCACAAGACUUAGCCGUCCUUUAGAUUUGCCUGAUUGAACUCCAACCUUGUGAUGGAGAGCAAAAGAUGCACUUACGGACUGAAAUCAAAUGCAGUAUACUUUGUGUGUAUAGUUUGACAAUUAUAUUUGGGCAUUUUAUAAACACAUUUAUUAACACAGGAUAUAUGCAUAAAACAGUUGUAGAAAUCCAUCACUGCACAGAAUAAUUUUCUAAAAUGGCCACAAUACUUAUAAUGUAAAUACAACAAAUAGUAAAGCACCCAAAUGUAUAAAAUAUGUUAUGUUAGUUACAUACUUAUAGAGGAAUAUGACUAGUUUCGGUAGUUGUGCAUCUACACACCUGCCUUUAUUUUGUCUGAUUUCCUGUCUGAAGAAAUAUUGUAUGAGAUAACUAUUAACACAAUCUUACUUCAGCUUUGUACAUGAACCAUUGAAUGAUAUAUACUAUUUAUUAGAUGCCUAAUUUAUUAGUGUUGUUUUUAUUUUCUACACAUUUUAGUAAACAGUAUGCAUUUCAUUUUUGUAAAAGCUCAUGUUUAUAUGUUGGGUGAAAAUGAACCUCUAGCAGAAUGAUCUUCUGUAAAACAGUGUGCCAUGGUGUCAAUGUCCUGACGGUUUUCUUUUCUUUUGUAAGAUGUGUGGUUGGAUGUUUGACUCAAUAAAACAAGCAUACAGGAAAACGUCAA